AGGUUGACCUCAAAACGAGACUGUUUAGGCCCAUGCUUACUAAUAGUAGCAUUUUUUCCUUUCUUGGCACAUGCACAUUGAAAUAUUCUGUAUAAUGAAUCUAUUUUGAAAGCGAAAUGGGAGGAACUUUUUCCAGUAGAAUUAAAGAUAAUGAAAGAGUCGAUGAUGAUUCUGUCGAGGGAGCCAUUUUGAGCAACUGUGUCGUCAUGUUCUCAACCACGACAUGCAAGUUCUGCGAAAAAGCGAAGCUAUCUUUGGCCAAUCUUGGAGUUAGAUAUAAAGUAAUCGAGUUAGAUUUGCUUGGUAAAAACAGUUUCAUCUAUUCAAAAGAACUGUCUCUGAAAACUGGAGUAAGAACGGUUCCACAGAUUUUUGUAAAUGGCCAAUUUGUUGGUGGUUAUUCUGAAAUGGAACAACUCAAAGAAGCUGGGAAACUAAUAGAAAUGGUUUACCAAUGUGCUUAUCAAAAUUAGUGAAAGUUAAAAAAGUUAAAAUGGAUUUUGUUCUUAAAUAAUUCAAAUUAAAUAUUGUGUGUAUACAACUAUUGAUUUUUGGUCCUCUGUACUUGUGCAUUUGUUACUACCUAGCUUCCAGAGCUAGUCCUGGUCCUUUAUUUCAAUGUGACUACAUCUCACGAUUUCAACCCGGCACUGGAGACACUCCUCAGAGAGCUGAAAACUCUCCUCAUUCUAUGUGUCAGUUUGGUCAUUACAGGAAUUCCAACUACAAACCUUAGUUUGUCUGAUCCUAACCAUUGAGCCGCCCUUACACUAAAUUUUCCUGUACCUUUUUAAUUGUCUAACUGAUGUCUUAGGCAAAGAGGCUAGGCACAAUUUGAAAUAUAAAAAAUAUUAAUAGAGAUAAAGAUCUGAGGUGAUAUGUUUUGAAGGAAUCAAUUAAUUCAAUCAACUUGUUAUUACAAAAACAUAACCUACAGGUUAUGAUUCAUUUCUCUCAAUGCGUAAGCCACCAGGUGUCAAUAUAGAUCAUUUGCAUCAGUAUUUGUUUAACAGUGUGACAUUUUUACCCCAUACCUUAACUGCAGAAAUUUCACACUUGACCUUGUUGGCAUAAUAGCCAAGAUGAUGGCCUUUCGCUUGUAGUGCUGCUGUUUCUAUCUCUUUAGUUUCUGGUUCAUAAAAUGGGUGUUGUCAUUUUCAUCAUAGAAACAAUCUGUCUUUCUAUUAUUGAAUAAAAUAUGAAUGAAGGCACUGCAAAUUGAUCAUCUCUCUUUACCUUAUUAUACUUUUAAAUCUUGUGAUAUCAUAAAACCCAUGACCAACUCAGUGUCUACAAAAACCAAUUAGGGAAAAUUUAGUUCUCAUUUUGAAAGGCAUAAGUACAAAUGCUGGCUAUUGUUACUUUGAUAAUUUAUCCUAAAUUGUAUCUUUCUAAGCACAAUAAUUACUACCAUGGAUCCAUUCUAUGCUUCAAAAUCUGUAAUGGAUUUGUCUUAAUUGGAAUUAUCCAUGAUGUAGCAAGAAGUUGACAAAUACA